GGAACUUACAGUUGAUACUGUUUAUAGUUGAUUUGAAAAUAUGUUAUGAUUUAAAUAAUGGAAGCAGAGGCUUAUAUUCAAUGGAAAAGACUAUUUAACGAUAAUGUUUUACACUCAUAUAAUAAUGAGAAACAAGAAUUGCAAAAUGCGGCUAUGUUGCUUACAGCUUUAAAAGCAGAAUUCCAAAAUAUAUCUCAAGCAUUAGAACAACAAUUUGAUGGAUUAAAAAGACAAUUAAAAGACAAUACCGAAUUAAAAGAACAAAUUACUUCACCAGCACAACCAAUUUUACAAACAAUUCAUAAUAUUCCAAAAUUGGAACUUCAGGUGGAUUUACCUAACAAUAACACUGAUCAUAAAUCAGCACCAAGUGAUUUGAAGAGCCCUGAUAUCUUUAUAAACCAGUCUCCUAAACAUGUUGAACAAGUAUCUCCCAUUAUAGAUCUCUCAAAAUCAGAUGACGAUACUUGUAUAGAAGACAGUCCUACACUUAUUUCAAAGAGAAAGAAGGAUGUUACAAAACAUAAAAAAGACAAAAUAGACUGUCUAAAGAAAAAUAUUUUAAGGGGAAUUAAUAAAGAAAAUUUUUUUAUUGAGUGUACCCCAGAAGCUAAAUCCCCUAAAAGGAUUGGUAAGAAAAGAGGAAAUAUUAAGAAGGCCCAAUCAACACUUACCCAGUUAUUUAAUGACAUUUCUACAAAAGAAACAAGCAAUGAAUUAACUAAUAUGGAGGAACCAACAGCUACCAACCAAACAUUCCAGGAAUGGAUAAAAGAUGAAGAUGCAUCUGAAAUGGGUAUAACAAAGCUGCUUAGUUUCAUUAAUAAGGAUGAUACUCCCAAAAGUAUAAAAAAUCAAGAAAAUCAAAAUGAUGAAGAAAUGGAUUCCACAAAUGAAGUCGAUGAAUUUUCAAAAGCAAUUUUGUUUGAAGAGAGCCCAGGGAUUGAUUCGUCGCCAAGAAAAAAACCCAAAAUAUCUCCACGUGCAGAACCAGUUGUACGAGGACAUGCCCGAAAACUAUUAAAUGGGUUUUCUUGUGUACAGUGUCGAGAGUUUUAUGCAGGCAUGAAUUUAAGUCCCACCGAAUUGCAAAAACGACUGGAUGAAUGUUCCAAACAUCGUUACAAAUAUCAACCCCCUGAAGAUACGUAUCCAGCUAUAUGGGACAUGACAAUUCCUGAUGAAAAUAUUAAUACAUAGGAAGUUUUGAUGAGGCUGCCAUUCAUAAAGAUUUCCAUGCUGCCAUAUAAGAAUAUAUUUUUUGUACAGAAAGUUUG